AUGGCGCGAAGUUUAUUAAUAGUUUAAAUACUGUCCUACCUAUCUUUUACGAUGCUUUUACGAUGCCUAGUGUCAAAACCAGCCUAAUCAAAACUCGAGGUUAAAUUUGUGAAGCUGAUGACUUAUCCCUUUUUGCAAGUCUGCAAGAGAUGAAUCGUUACUCAGAGUUUCCUCAACUUUGCAAGUUUAGUGAAAACAUUUGUCAUUUAUAUAUAUAAUAUAAUCAAGGAUCUCAGGAAUGCCAGAGCCACAGAGGUGAACUACGAAGCACUGCCUUCCAGUGAGAGAUUAGAUCGUCUUGUCUUUACUACGGAUAUAUGCCAUUUAUAAAAGUUGUGCCUCGGUCGAACCUACAGCCACAAGUUGUGCUUUUCAUUCUUUUAUGAAUUGAAAACACAUAACAAAAUCUAUGAGAGGACACGAUCGCGUGGAAAGUAUAACAAUCGAGACAGCCGUAAGACAUUAUUCAACGGCAGCUAGCGAACCUAAGUCUUAAGCUUAUUGUUAUACAAGUCUCUUGAUUAUUUGUAGUUGUACAAUAAUUAUUUGAUUACAACGAAGGUUCUACUGUAUGUAAUUAAAUCUCUAUUAUACUUGUACAAUUAUUAAUCAAGCCCAAUCAUUAAAAUUGAUUGUUAAUUAAUGCUUGAACUUAAUAAUUAAGUAUCGAAAAAAGUAUUGACCAGAUCAUAUAAGGUAUUUUAUAUUUUAUUACGAUUUUGCGGGUGGGUAAAGGUUUGUAUUCUUUGAUGUAUCACUAUCAUAUCUAUUCAUAAAAACAAAUUUAAAGGACCGACCACGAUUCUUCUUUACUAUACUUGUUUUGUCACGAGGUUCAUUGCGUUAUUUAAUCGCCCACUUUCUAAUCUUUAAUAACUGAAUUGUAACUUUUGACUGAUUUGAAAGCGGUGAUAAUCCUAUAUUAAUAGAAUAAUAUUUGGGAACGAAAGUCACGUGGUCUGGAAACAUACUAUAAUACUACAAUGCUUGUAACUGUAUCGAGCAUAUGUCUCCUAAAAUGUGGCUACAGCUUGAGGUAACACUUAUAGUUUUGAGAAGAAAAACGUUUUAAUUGUUCAGUGGAAGAAUAGAUAAAUGAUACUAAUAGGUUUAGAUUGAUAAGAAAACUUAGUGAAUAGUGAAUAUGGACCGAUAGAAAAUAAUUUGUUAGUCUUCAUUUUAAAAAAUCAAACAAAGAAAAUAUACUUAGAAACAAACAAAACGGCUGAACAGCUAAGAUCUUGCCCGCGUACAGCCCUGAGAGGUCCCACUUGAAAUCCAUUCUUAUGAAAUAAGUUUUUGUUGUCCAUAAACAACUUUACUAAAUUGAAUAUUUAUGUGUAAAUCUCUAUAUUUCCGCGUCGACAACUGCAAAAGCUGCUUUCCUUUUGUAUAAAUACACACCAAGUGUUCACAACUUCUCCCAUCAACACAACAAUCACCUGAAAAACCAAAGCAACGACAAAGAUCAAAGGGCUUACAGCUUCCAUCACAACAAAGAAGUCUUCAUGGGGGAAACAAAAAAGAAAAGCAGAUCAAUCACAAGACAAAGAGCUUGGAGUCUUGUAAGAAUGGCUCUUCUAUGGGGAAGAAAAGGUGGCAUCUUCAAGAAGUGGCACAUGUUCGAGCUACGUAACUUGUUCUCCAAGCAUCUCAAAGCCCUAGCUCAUCAUUCUAACAGCUUUGACAACGGCCGUUAUCUCGGUGAGAAACAGCUCUCUUUCGACGACACCCCGGUUUUUAACGUGAAGAUGCAUCGUCCUGCUUCCAUGAGGUUCCUCUUGCCUUGCAUUGCUCCUUCCGUUGACUUUGAUUACGACUUUGAAUUGGACGGUCAAGAUGAUACCGAAUAUGUUAAAUCAUACGGCUACUACAAUGGUUCGUGCAACGAGAAAUGUGAUCGUGCGUCUCAGGAUGAUCAUGAAAACGAAGAGGAGAAAGGGGUGGAUGCGAGAGCAGAUGAGUUUAUUGCUAAUUUCUAUGAACAGAUGAAGUUGCAGAGGCAAAUCUCUUGUUUGAAAUACAAAGAACACAAUGAAGUCGUAUGAUGAUAAUUAACAAAAGGGUUUUCACUUUAUUCACUAUAUAGAUGUUUCUUUUCUUAAUCCUCCUUUUUGUGUUUUCUUUUCAAUUUUGGUGAAAUACAUUACAUACAUGCAAGAUAAAGAGAUACAAUUUCACAGAUUGUUAAUUCAUCAUUCAUAUCAAUAUGAGACCUACAAAGUUUCUAUCAAUUAAUUUAUGUUUUCUUGGCCUAUAUACACAAAAUAACGUUUGGUAUUCA